GACUUAAAACAUGGAGCCUUCCCCACCCUGAUACACCAUAACAGGAGAGGUCCCACAUGCUUCUUUCAUCACAGCCAUUACGAUCAGCACUCAAUUCUUCAGAGAGAAUAGAGGAACGGAAUCUUUGACGGAGACUUUCCUGAUCCGGCUUUUUUUCUUUCUUUCUGCGAAGCAACGCCAAACUGUGUUUGGAUGGGACAAAUAUGGAAUAAGUGAGCAUCAAAAAGACACCUCAGGAAGUGGAGUUGAGUUCAUUGGUUCCUCCAUCUCACAGGUAACAGUGCAGAUAACAGAGGAGGAUGAUCAAACAGCAUUAGCAAUAGCCAACAGGAUCAGGGUUAGAUGUAGACACUGCUCUUUACAGGAAGAAGAGAGGCCUGAACUUGGCUGUGCAGCUAGAGUAGGAAUGAGGCACAUUGUUUGACUGGUAGCCGGGUGAACAGCACAGAACAAAACGGCAAUCCUGACCUCACUUGGCACCCAAAAUUGUUGGCCUGAGAGGCAGGAAUUUGCUGUGGGCACCCAGGAAGGAUACAUCUAAACUGAGAGAGAAAAGAGGAAGAACUAGGCAGUUGGACAGUGACAUGUAGAGGCGGAUAAGAACACACAAAGAGUCUGGGCGUCAGUGAUCAAUUUGGGGCAACUGCAGGGAGUAGUUAUCUGGUCAAGGCUGGUUGGCAGAUCCCCAAGUCUGUUCAGCUGACAGAUGAGGGUCCAGAAGGUGGCUAACAGGAUGAGGACAGGCGGCCACGUGGACUCGCAGGGAUUACAAGCAGCAAGAAGAAGGUAAAGGGAUUAGACUCAAAACGGAGCCUGAUUUUUUAACCUCGUCACUGUUUGUCACACUGACAGCAUAGAAGAAAACUCCUGAGCCAAACCACCGUCUCUCCAUCCUCUACCUCUCCUCCCUCCCUCAUCUCACCUCUGCUCAUCUACUCAUGCAGCCACCUUGGUUGUCUACAGGGAUCCAGCAGCAUCCAAGAACUAAAUUCUGCUGAAGAACUGAGCUGGAGCACAGAUAGGAGUGGACUGGACACCCUCCUUUUGGUACAUGCUAACAAGCUGAAGACCUUGUCAGCACAGAUGUGGACACUGUUGCACACUCUGCUAAUGGACUCAAGAUAAAAGAGAUUGUGGAUUUUAUUGUUGUUUGCAACAGUCUCUUUACAAAUGACAACUUUGGGCUUGAAAAGUACAUAAAUUAACCCAUCAUGCUUUUGAAGUCAGGACUAUUCUUCACUUUGUGUCUGUUUACCCUCCAAGCAAGUCGAAUCAAAGACCUUCAUGACCACGGUUUUUCUGGACUCAGGGAUGUGAAGUACCGACACUUUCUAGAAGCCUCCAGACCUAUCAGACACACCACAAAUGUCAGAGCAGAGCAGGACGGACAUCGGACGAAGAGGUCGGCGCUGCUCACCACGGGGGUCAAGGUGUGUCCCCAGGAGACGAUGAAAACAAUCAUCAGCAGCCAUCGGGCCUAUUACAAGCUCAGAGUUUGUCAGGAAGCAAUUUGGGAAGCGUUUCGGAUCUUCUUGGACAGAGUCCCAAACUCAGAGGAGUACAGAGCCUGGCUUUACACCUGCCAGCAUGAAAACCUCUGCAUGGACGACCUGGCCCAGAACUUCAGCAGCUCUCAGGAGCAUCAGGACCUGGUGGCCAUAAGAGUAGCCGAGCAAGCUGAAAUUGAAGGAGUUAUCACUGGAACCACAGAGUCAGGAAGGGAUUGCACAUGGACACCGGCACCUUUUCUGCUACCAACUGAGGCUGACGUGAUCCCAGAAGACCCCAACAUGAUCAAAGAGAACUAUGAGGAGUAUAUUGUUGAGUUUAGAGUCACUAUCGUGGACCCGGCAUACAAUAAGCUGCUCAGUAACCCAGGGGUCGCGCAGUACCAUGAGAUCACACAAGAGCUCACAAACAAGAUGAUUCGUGUGUUUGAAAAAGUUCCAGGAUUCAAAGAGAUUCGUGUUCUAGGAUUUCGCUCAGAGGAUGUGUCUGUGCGUUAUGCCGUGGUCUUUAAUGGAGAAACAGAGCUCAACGAUGAACCUGAGGGUCUUGAGGAGCCUGAAACAGACGAGGAUGUGAAUGCUCCUAAACUGAAGCACAUCAUCGUAAAGGCCUUCAAACAGGAACCGUCACUGGACAUACAGACACUCAGUUUUGAGGCUGUAACCACAGUUUAUUCAGUUGCGGAGCUCGGCCUGAACCCUGUUAAGGGCGUUGUAUCUGAGGUCGACACCACACAGGCACCAACAGCGGACAAUAGUUUCCUCCCUACUGUGGCAGUGAUAGAAAACUCUUUGGAAGCUUCUGCAAUCAAACCAGAAGCACACACCUUUGUGCCUUUCAUCCCAAACAUCUUCCCAGAAAGCACUCCUGCCGUCAUCGAUGAGACUCCGUUAACGUCAUCAGCAGAGGAGGAAUCCACAGUAGAUUCUGCUGAGGAGCCCGGUGACAUUAUAACAUCAGGCGCACAUCUGGAAACUAUCACAGAGCAGGGAGAGGAAGCAGAGCCAGAGGUGGAGGAGAUACCACCAACUGAGCCUGAUGACGGAGGUGAGGCUGAACCUGAAGAACAGGUGACAGACGAACCUGAACCAGCUGGUGGGGUCACCGAGGAACCCCCAGAGCAACAGAAUGAACUUCCCAUAGCAACUCCAGACUCCCAACCAGAAGAAGUAAAUACUGAUACACCUGUGGAGGUUAACCUGGACCUGCCAGAGUCUACAGAUCCCACGGAGACAUCUGUCAUAGAAGCAGCAGUCACAGUCGCUACACCAUCACCUCAUGAGGAUGUCGUCCAAGGCACUGAACCAGAAAAAGACGUGGAGUCUUUGGCAUCCCCUGCAGAGAGCGGCGAAGCCCCCGAGGACAGAGAUGAUUCUAGUGGAGGGCACAGUGGAGCGACCUCGGUCUCAACAGACCUGCCUCCUGAGAACUCAAACAUUCAAGAGGAUGGAGGGUCAAGUCAGAACGGGACCGAGGCGAAUGUGACUGAACCUCUGGAAGAAGAGAGCGGUAGUGGAUUCCCCUCAGAGUCUGACGAAGGUCCGUACGAAUCCACGGCUGCACCGGCCAUGAGACAAGCCAGCACCCCUCUGAUGACCGCAGUGGAUAAGGGCAAAGAGUUAGUGGUUUUCUUUAGCUUGAGGGUCACUAACAUGAUGUUUUCUGAUGACCUGUUCAACAAGAGCUCCCCAGAGUAUAAGUCACUGGAGAAUACCUUCCUUGAGCUGAUACAGCACUCUGGGUCCAGAAACUCGCCAAACCCAGGAGCUUCCAGUAAAUCUGGGCCUGGGAGAAAGACGACUUUAGCCUCAAUACCGCUUCUCCCAUAUCUACAAUCCAAUUUAACGGGAUUUAAGCAGCUGGAAAUUCUCAACUUCAGGAACGGCAGUGUUGUGGUAAACAGCAAGAUGAAACUUGACAAACCGGUACCUUAUAAUCUCACGGAAGCGGUUCACUGUGUGCUCGAAGACUUCUGCAGUGCGGCAUCUAAACGGCUCGACAUCGAGAUUGACAGUCGCUCCCUGGAAGUUGAACCAGCUGACCAAGCAGACCCCUGUAAGUUCCUGGCCUGCAACGAGUUUUCACGCUGCGUGGUAAACAGUUGGACCGCAGAGGCGGAGUGUCUGUGCGAUCCGGGCUACAGCAUCGUGGAUGGCCUGCUGUGUCAGAGCACCUGCGCUUUGCAGCCAGACUACUGCCUGAAUGAAGGCCUGUGUGAAAUAAUCCCAGGGCAUGGAGCCACCUGCAGAUGCCCUGUAGGCAAAUACUGGCACUACCACGGAGAGCGCUGCAACGAGCUGGUGUUGAUGCCAUUAGACCCUACGUUAAUUAUGACCUGCCUCGUGGGAAGUCUCUGCUUUGUUUGUGCCAUCAUUGGCAUUUUGUUAUUUAUUAACAAGAAAUGUAUAAGGAUCCAUAAGGCUGUAGCUUUGGUGCACACCCCUGCUCCCUAUGCCUUUGAGAAUACUUUGAGGGUGAACCCCAUAUUUGAGAAUGAUGAUGGUGUCUUAAGUCAAGUGUCCACAUUGCCAUGUCCUUCAAGUUCUGCUUCUUCCCAAUCCCAACAGUCUGAGCAAGAGCAUUUUGCCUCAAUUGAAAACAUACAUCUGAGUAUUGAGAUCCCCAGACAACUCUACACAACAAGAUCAGAAAAGUUAGUCUCAGAAAUGGUGGACUUCCAUCACUGUAUACCACACAAUGAGCUCUAUGAUGUGUGCAAAGACGUGGCGACCGCCAAAUGAAUACAGAACGUGCUGUCUGGUAAGGGCAUCAGAUAACGAAUGUUUUGAAGUAACAGUUCUUUGAUGACACCUUGUUCGUCUGAGGAGCAGCCGACACAGCGCAAAACAUGAGAUAGCAAAGACAGAAGUUGCUGUUUAACUAUAUAUGGGAUGCUAUGGUAAAGAUGCAGGUACGGUAGACCAGACACAUGGUGUUAAAAGUGUUGAGAUUAAUUGUUCAUAGUGAUCAAAGUGUCUUGUUAGACAGAGAGCUAUGGAUAUUAAGGUGGACUUAGGUUGUCUUAAAGUGGAACCUAAUAUUUAUUCUAUAUAUUGAAUGGUAGGAACAUUUCCUGUAUACCCUUGGCAAAGGUUGUUCUUUCCUCACAAUGAGGUAUUUAUAAUUUACACACAGAUACACAUGGUGGUAUCUUAAGUUUAGACUGUAACAUGUUGUUUAUUUUAAUGCUAUACUUUACCAUUGUUGUGUCCCAAAAAGAGAAUGAAUGUAAAAGCUGUUGACUUGGGUCAUAACAUAUUGUUUAUAGACAUAUUGGCUGCUGAGCUGUAUUUAUCAAUCUGUCCUAUUCAAAACAACUCUUCCAACUAAUCAUAUGUGUUUUGAGAUUAGGAUUUUUUACACAUUUUGCAUUUAAAAGCAAAGAAUAAACAGUUUUUUUGCAUUAAGAAAUGUGAUGUUUUGUUGGUUUUUGACUGCUCAAAGAUGUCUAACUGAGCCAGUUGUGACAAAUAAUUAAAAAAAGUUGUUUUGAUGAGUUAAA